AUGCUCGCGAACUCCAUGCUCGCCAUGAAGCUGAGGGCCGCCCUGGCUGCCCAGGGACGACGAACGCAGGCUGCGGCGCAGUUACAGGCGCAGCCUCCUUCGGCGGUGCAGGCGCAGCCUCCUUCGGCGGUGCAGGCGCAGCCUCCUUCGGCGGUGCAGGCGCAGCUCCCGCCGUCCCCUCCGGCUGCGCACGCGCCGACUCUCGAGGCCGUCGGCGAGGACUCGAUCCGCGUGACGUGGGCGGUGCCGCGAGGCGUCGCCAAGCCCCAGGCGCAUGCCGAAAUCAGCUUGCGCGUCGAGGGAUCAUCGCGCUGGCUGCGGGUCGACGCUGUGUCCGGAAAGCUGGACGAGCCGGACGCUCUGCCGCUGCCGCUCGAGACGACCUGCUGCGUGGUCAAGAGCAUCGACCCGCAGGUCACGUACGUUGCGCGCGUCCGCCUCGGCAAUCAGUCUGGCUGGGGUCCCGACUCGCCUUCCAGCAAGGGGCUGCAGCUGGCCGCGCUGACGCCGAUCGCUCCCGCCGCACCGAUUCUCGAGGCGGUCAAUUCCACAAGCCUGCGCGUGCACUUUACGCUGCCGCCUGUUCGGCCGGGCACGCCGGCCUCGCCAUCUUCGCCAAUUUCCGCGAUCGCCAUCUUUGUCCAGCCCGAUGGCGGUGCGUGGCAGUUGCUGGACGCCACGUCGUCAACUCUUACGGCCGGCACCGGCAACGCCUUCCUGCCAGCAGCGUCGCGUGCUCUCGCCAAGGGACUUUCCGAGGGCGUGACCUACAAGGCAAAGAUCCGAGCGAAGAGCGUCUGCGGCUGGGGUGAGUUCUCCCCGAUCAGCGAGCCGCUGCAGCUUCACUUCAAGCCGACCGCUCCCGCCGCGCCGGUUCUCGAGGAGGCGCUGGACGCGACGAGCAUGCGCGUGCACUACACGCUGCCGCCUGUCCGGCCGGGCACUCCGGCACACAAAUGGCUCGCCAUCCAUGUCCAGCCCGAUGGCGGUGCGUGGCAGGUGCUCGACGCUUUAUCCUCCACUCUGAGCGACACACCGCGAAAGGUCGUCCAGCUGCUCUCGGGAAGCCCAUCGUAUGCUGUUGUCAAGGGGCUGUCUGAGGGCGUGACCUACCGAGCCAGGGUCCACACGGAGAACAUCCACGGCUGGAGCGCUUUCUCGCCGAUCAGCGAGCCGCUGCAGCUGCCGGUGUCGGAGGUGGAGGUCACGGGCAGCAGGUCGCGCGAGGAGCGCGACGCCGAGCUCCGCAAGCGCGCGGUGGACGUCGACGCGGAGGUCGUGGAACUCGACGCCUCGCCCUGCCCCAAGCGGGCGAGGUAG